UUGGCUUCCUUCCCCUCCCCCAUUUCCUGCCCCCUCACCCGCCUCAGUUGAGGUGAGCAAGACCAGCACCAGUUUCCACCUCUCAAACCCCAACAAUGUCUCUGUGGCCUCUUCUUCCCCUGUCCCCACACCCCUCCCCUUUCCUCAACUUUUAGGCUCAAGUCGAGGGUGUGGGAGCUAUUUCCAGCCCAGGAGUGCUUGAAUCUGCCCGGCAGAGUUCACUGAGUCCAACCAAAGCUUAGUUGUUGGUGGUGGCCUGGAGGGCAAGGAGGCCUGUUGACUCAUUUCUGUCCCUCACUGAGCUGUGUGUCUGGGCUGGGGUGCCUCAGAGGCCUGCAGGAAGCCCAGAUGAGGCAUCGCUUUUCCACGACUUUGCCAGUGUCCACUUGUCCCCAGAGGGAAGUCAGGGCUGAGAGGACCCCUAGAGGCCAUCUAGUCUGAAGGAGGUAGGGUGAUACAGUGGAAGACACGUGGGGUCUGGAGUGUGAGGACCCCAGUUCAAAAGUUAGUUCUGCCUCUGAUCCCUUGUAUGAUCUGGGACCAGUCACUGAAUUCCUAUAGAUCUGUUAGGUGGGAAGCUCCCUGUGGGCAGGGGCUCUUUUUUGCUUCUUUUUUAGGGCUUAGCACAAUGGCUGGCACUUAGGAGAUGUUUAAUAAAUGGUUGGUGACUUUCUUCAUCUGUAAAAUGGGUGGGUUGUACCAGAUGGCCUUUGUGGUCUUGCAUCUCAAAGUCUGUGAUUCUCUAUCAUUUCAAUCCCUUCAUCUGGAAAAGAUGGAAAUUCAAACUCAAAGACAAGGUCACAUAGCAAGUCAGUGGUGCAUCAGUCCGUGUGGGAGGAGCUGGCUAGGGAUGGAAGGGGAGAUGACUUCCCCUGCUGAGUCCUCCCUGACUGUUGCCUCCCCCGGUUCAGUCCAGAUGUUCCCAAGGCCCUCCUCUUCGUAGUGCCAGACCUUUGGGCACCAGACGACCAAGGUUUGGGAAGAGAUUUCCUGAGGGCAUCCUUGGAUGGGAAGAAAACAGAUCUUUAUUUUUACUACUCUUUAAAUAAAAUUUGUCAUUUCCUUCAGUGAUGAUUAAAAACAACAACAACAUUCUGAGAGGGAAUCCAGAGGUUUUACCAGCCUUCCAAAGAGGUCCACAGUACAAAAAAAAAAAUGCUAAGAACCCCUGAUCGAGUCCAACCAGCUCACUAAACAGAAGAAGAAACCACUUGAGAGGGGAAGUGACUUACCCAAAGUCACAUAACACCACCCUACGUCUUCUGACUCCAAUGCUCUCUAUAGUCUGUCACCCCCUUUCUCCACCUACAUAUAUUAGGAAUUCCCUGAUGGGGAAGCCUGGAACCCCCUGUGACCACAGCUCCCUACUAUCAGGCCCCUGGAUGUUGGGGGGUGUGGCUGGCACUGUUGUUCUGGGCUUGUGGUUGAGGGAGGGCCUGACUUGGGUUCUGGGGUUGGCUGCUGCCUUCUUUCUCACUCACUCUCUCAGAAGGAGGCAGGAAGUUGGGGUUGGACGUGGGCUGGUUGCUGAGAAGUCAAAUUGAGGCAGUGACAAGGAGUUGGAACCCUCGUCCAUCCUCCGGGUGGUGAUGGGGCUGAUGGACCCGAAGGACCAUGUGAGCCGGGCUCAGUGAACGUACCAGGCAGGAGCCCACCAUAGGCAGGGACCAUGGGCUGCUGCUGCAGCUCCAGCCUCGAUGAGGACUGGAUGGAAAAUAUCGACGUGUGCGAACGAUGCCACUACCCUAUUGUUCCAUUGGAUGCUAAGGACAUGCUCCCAAUGAGGAAUGGUUCUGAAGUGCGGGAUCCCUUGGUCGACUAUAAUGGCUUAGACCCACCUGUGUCUCCGUUACAAGAUAACCUGGUCAUCGCCCUGCACAGUUAUAAACCCUCCCAUGAUGGGGACCUGGGCUUUGAGAAGGGGGAGCAGCUCAAGAUCCUGGAGCAGAAUGGAGAAUGGUGGAAGGCACAGUCCCUGACCACUGGCCAGGAGGGCUUCAUUCCCUUCAAUUUUGUGGCCAAAGUUAACAGCCUGGAGCCUGAGCCUUGGUUUUUCAAGGACCUGAGUCGGAAGGAUGCUGAGAGACAACUUCUGGCCCCUGGGAACACCCAUGGAUCCUUCCUGAUCAGAGAGAGUGAGACAACUGCAGGUUCCUUCUCACUCUCUGUGCGAGACUUUGACCAGAACCAGGGGGAGGUGGUGAAACAUUACAAGAUCCGCAAUCUGGACAAUGGUGGCUUCUACAUUUCCCCCCGAAUCACCUUUCCUGGUCUGCAUGAGCUGGUCCAGCAUUACUCCAAAGUCUCAGAUGGGCUCUGCACUCGAUUGAGCCGGCCCUGCCAGACCCAGAAACCACAGAAGCCCUGGUGGGAAGAUGAGUGGGAGGUACCAAGAGAGACGCUGAAGCUGGUGGAGAGGCUGGGAGCUGGCCAAUUUGGGGAGGUCUGGAUGGGGUACUAUAAUGGACACACCAAGGUAGCUGUGAAAAGCCUAAAAGCGGGCAGCAUGUCCCCUGAUGCCUUCCUGGCAGAGGCCAACCUGAUGAAACAGUUGCAGCACCAACGGCUGGUACGCCUGUAUGCAGUGGUCACGCAGGAGCCCAUCUACAUCAUCACUGAAUACAUGGAGAAUGGGAGCCUCGUAGACUUCCUCAAAACCUCAACAGGGGUCAAACUAACCAUCCACAAAUUGCUGGAUAUGGCUGCACAGAUUGCUGAGGGCAUGGCCUUCAUUGAGGAGCGGAAUUACAUUCACCGAGACCUUCGGGCAGCCAACAUCCUCGUGUCAGACACACUCAGCUGUAAGAUCGCUGACUUUGGCUUGGCCCGGCUAAUUGAGGACAAUGAGUACACAGCUAGGGAGGGAGCAAAAUUUCCCAUCAAGUGGACAGCUCCUGAAGCCAUCAACUACGGGACAUUCACCAUCAAGUCAGAUGUCUGGUCUUUUGGCAUCCUACUAACAGAAAUUGUCACCUAUGGGAGGAUUCCCUACCCAGGAAUGACCAACCCCGAGGUGAUCCAGAACCUGGAGCAGGGUUAUCGGAUGGUGAGGCCUGACAACUGCCCAGAGGAGCUGUACAAACUGAUGAUGUUGUGCUGGAAGGAAAGGCCUGAGGAGCGACCUACCUUUGACUACUUGAGGAGUGUAUUAGAGGACUUCUUCACUGCCACAGAGGGCCAGUACCAGCCCCAGCCAUGACCUUCCUACUCUGGUCUCUGCCAUCCCAGGCCCUGGCCCACUUCCCCAACUUUAUACCCUUACCUCCUAAAUGACCCCACUCAGACUGUGACUGACACAGGAGCUGGGUCCUUCUCAAGAGUCUGGGAAAGAAAGGGGGCAUCCUGCCUGAGGUGCCCCUCUCCCAUCAGGAUGGAGGCAGGGGCUUUAUCAACUGUGGCAACACACUUAAUCUGCCAGGAGAAGACUUGGAAUUGAACUCAUUCUUUGUGCCCUCCGCCCCCAACAUUUUACCUCCCAGACUGAUCUUCUUUCCACCUCUGUCUUCUUCUUGAUUUGCCAGGAGGAAAGGAGAAGGCUGGAAUUUGCCUCAGCCUUUCGAUUCUUUUGUCUACGUGUAUUCUUUGUCUAUUUAGACUGGACUCACUUUCUCAGACCCCACAAGAUUCAAGACUUUUAGCAGUCUUUUGAGGGUAGGAAUUAUUCUUCUAAAUUUCUGUAUCUCUCUUAGACCCUGCCCUGCACACAGAAGACAUCCAAUAAAUGUUAACUAAGAA